GCCUUCUAAUAUCGUUAUACAACAAACAUCAACACAGUUGUAUAGGGUCACAGACGCUAUAAAGACAAAGGCUCCAUCAUCCUGCUAUUGUGGCUCUCCUGGUUUGCACAGUGAAGAUUAACAUCUCGCAUUAUACGCUUCUCGGUCUUACUUGCAAAAAUGUUGCUUAGAGUCCCUGCAGCUACUUCUGUUGCCAUAUCAUCUCCGAAGCAUCAAGAUGCUUUUAAGGAUAAAGCAGCGGGGAAUCAUUCUUUAGGCCAGUUGUCAUAUCAGAGACAAAAGAGAGAUCUAUUUAGCAUACGUGCCAUGAAUGUAGAGAGCAAUAGUAAGCCUGUCACAGGUGUUAUCUUUGAGCCUUUUGCUGAAGUGCAAAACGAGCUUGUUCAAGUUUCUGUAAACUAUACUAAAUCCUUUGCACGCCAAAGGUUUGAUGGUGCAUGUGAAGCCGCUUUGAAUGAACAAAUCAAUGUGGAAUAUAACGUUUCAUACAUUUAUCAUGCUCUGUUUGCCUAUUUUGACCGAGACAAUGUUGCUCUUCCAGGAUUUGCGAAAUACUUCAAAGAUGCUAGUGAUGAGGAACGUGACCAUGCAGUAAAGCUAAUGCAGUACCAGAAUAUACGUGGUGGAAAAGUAAAACUUCAAUCUAUAUUGAUGCCUGUGAUGGAAUUUGAUCAUCCAGAGAAAGGGGACGCCUUAUAUGCCAUGGAGCUUGCAUUGUCUUUGGAAAAGCUCAAUAAUGAAAAGCUUCUCAGAUUACAUUCUGUGGCUGCACAGUGUAACGAUGCACAAAUGACAGAUUUCAUAGAGGGUAACUUCCUUGCCAAGCAGGUGGAGGACAUUAAAAAGGUUUCUGAAUAUGUUGCUCAAUUGAGAAGAAUUGGAAAAGGGCAUGGUGUAUGGCACUUUGACAAAAUGCUUCUCAAUGGAGCAGAUGCUGGUGAAGGUGGUGUUGCAGCUGUGUAAGAAGGAUAAUUUCUUUUGAUUUGAGAUACCUGAAUUUUCUAUAACUUAGCUUUUUAUGCAGAGAGAUUAGUACUACUGAGAAUUAUGUCUUGUAAUUAGCAGUAGUACUCCUUUAUCCUUUAUUCACAUAUAUAUUUUGACAUGAACCAUUCCAGAAAUUGUAUUAUUUAAGGCUAUUUGUUAAUUUGGUUUUGGUUUUAAAUGACAUGGGAAACUACUUUGUUAA